GACUAAUGACACAUUUGAGACGCAGUGGGGACCUAGUUACAGGUGACAGUUCAGGACGAACCAUUUGUGGACAUAUGAUCUCUGCUGAGAACAGUGAAAUACAAGGCCACCGCUGACAAAACCACCGCCCAGGAGCUCCCGUUCCACAGCCUCCAACCAACAGCCUCCAACCAUCAUGAUGCAAGCAGCUCGGGUCCAAAAGCCAGGCCGCAGUGGUAAGAGGCGUCGGCGACAUGAAAAGAAACAUGGCUGGAAUCUUGAACUUCGUUGCCCUACGUAUACCUCCAAGUUAUCACAACUAGUCUCUUCGACCUCCGAGGUAGCGACUCCAUCAUCCACUCCAGAGGCAGCGAUCAUCCCGACUCCAUCGUCCACUCCAGAGGCAGCGAUCAUCCCGACUCCAUCGUCCACUCCAGAGGCAGCGACUAUCCCGACUUCAUCGUCCACUCCCGGCUUGAUGAGGGACGCCUUUUUGUCUACCAGCGCAAACUCGUCUCUCACUUACCUAUCGCCAACCAUACCGAUACUAACAACCGCGGCGCCCACUGCACUAUUCACCGCGGCGCCAACUGCAACAUCUGCUAGCUCACCAGCCCAUCAUAACCAAGCAUUUGUGUCAAUUGUAAUGUGCUUUGUCCUGCUUACGCUUGUGCUUUGAUAGAUCGUGCGAGGCUAGGGGUCAGUCGUCAGCGAAGGGGGAGGGGGUGAACUUGUGGCCAAGCGGCCUCUGCGCCGAGAAUAUGGGCCCUGUAUUUUUCUCCUCAGAUGCUCUAGGACGUUUUGGUCAAUCCCUUUUUGGGAUAGUAGCAUACGUGGUACGCAUAUAGUCAAG